CAUGAGCGUGUGUCCUCGAGAGCCUUGCUUGGCGGCCCGGCAGCGGCUGCUUCCACUCCUCCUCUUCCUGAUGUUGGCCGUAAGCACUUUCCAGAGCGAUGUCCCGCUUCCCUGUGUUUUCCCAUUUAUUUACCAACAAAAAUCUUACUCCUCUUGUACUGGGAUCAACAGUGAGAAACUAUGGUGUGCCACAAUUGCUAACUAUGACAGGUCUCCCCAGUGGAAAUAUUGUUCCCAUGUAGAGUAUGACGGUAAUUCCGGUGGACAAGCCUGUGUCUUCCCCUUCAUUUACAAGAGCAAGAUAUUCUACACCUGCACCAAUAAAGAUGCUAUGCAAGGGAGAUUCUGGUGUUCCACAACCGGGAACUAUGACAAGGAUAAGCAAUAUAGUUACUGUGCUGACACAAGGCUAAGUUCAAGACCGACAGGGCCGUGCAUCUUCCCCUUCACCUACAAGGGCAAGUCCUACUCAUCUUGCACAACAGAUGGAACACCUGAUGGAAAGCCCUGGUGCUCUCUCACCAAGAACUAUCAUGUGGAUCCAAAAUGGACAUACUGCGACCCCUCAGAACCCCUCCCCUGCAUUUUCCCUUUCAUUUUCCAGGGGAUAUCCUACUCUGCAUGCACCAAAGAAGGCUCUGCAGAUAACCAACUGUGGUGUGCCCUAACCCCUAAUUAUGACAAGGAUAGUAAAUGGAAGGCAUGUGCAAGCCAAGAGUAUGAGGGGAACUCCAAAGGCUGGCCAUGUGUCUUUCCCUUCAUCUACAAGAGUCGGACAUUCUACACCUGCACCAAUGAGAAUACUGACCGUGGGAAAUUCUGGUGUGCCACAACUGGGAACUAUGAUAAGGAUGAGCAGUGGAGCUACUGUGCUGACACAAGGCUAAGUUCAAGUCCGACAGGGCCGUGCAUCUUCCCCUUCACCUACAAGGGCAAGUCCUACUCAUCUUGCACAACAGAUGGGACAUCGGAUGGAAAGUCCUGGUGCUCUCUCACCAGGAACUAUGAUGCGCAUAAAAAAUGGACAUACUGUGAUACCACAGAUCCUCCUGUGUAUUUCCCUACAUUUUUGAGGGGAUACUACUCUUCGAUGAGCAGCUAUGGUGUGCCAUGUGGCCAACAACUGGAUCACCAUCACAAGAUAUGUUCUCUUCCUGGUGUGGGAUGCAGAAUUUCACAAGAACAAUUUAAUUUGGGUUAAUGCUCUGUCCUGCAGAAUUUAGAUAUGUACUUCCUGUAGCCCCUCUGUUCUAUGGACGCUAGGGACGUAACGGUACUACAGACAUGAAAACAAAUAGAUUACCAUUCUAACAGUUUGUUGAGGAAGUGUCUGCACUGAAUUUUGGCACCACUCCCUUUCCCUAUCAAUACAUGUUGUUCUGUUAGGGUGGCUGUGGAUCGUGCAACUGUGUUGGGGCAAUUCUUGCAUUCAGUGCAAGGCCACUCUUGUGCAACUGUGCGAGCAUUCCGUUGAAAGCCAGAUGGAGCAUUGCACGGAUGGUCCGCCAGUGUCAUUUAAUAUAAAACUGCAAGGAAAAGUGUUUUGAUUUUUGAAAAA